AUGUCUAUCACGGCGGUCAAAGACCAGAGACGGUCGGUGGAAGAGUCAUUAACUCAAGCUAUCACCUCUCUUGAGGCUGAGCAGAGUUUGAAGAAGACCAUCAGGGAAGCUGUGGACCCUCUGGAUGAUGUAGCUCGCUCAGCCCUCUCAGAGCUCAACCUUCUUCAUUCCAUCCCCUCUUCAGAACACGCUACCUUGUGUGAAAAAUGCCUCGCAACCGUCGUCACCUCCAAAUCUCACUGGACCACCGUCGCAUCCCUCAUCCCAAAAGGAGAGUUUUACAGAUAUCAAUUUGCUAUAGGACCUACUCUUCGAUCCUUUGUUACCGCCGUUGCUAUGGCUCAUUUCUUGCUCAAAGACGAACUUAUCCCUGCUUUUGCGAUAUCUAGCCUGCUUGGAUUAGGAGAAGGCGAAAUCAUCUUGAGCGCAGAAGAUUAUUUGCAGGGAGUCAUAGGUAUGGUGAAUGAAUUACCUCGAUUAUCUAUCAACGCUGUCACUACUCAAAAUUUCUUCUUACCCAUCAAAAUCUCAGCGUUUGUCAACGAUAUCUUUGCAUCUUAUUCCCUCUUGAAUCUUCGUAACGACGCUUUGAGACGUAGAUUCGAUAGUCUCAAGUACGACGUGAAACGUUGCGAAGACGUAGUUUACGAUCUCACGCUCCGGGGUUUGACCCCCGCUCCCACUUCCGCCUGA